UACUUUUUUGGUGCAUUCAGUGCACUCGCUUCAUAAUCGUCAUUUUAAAAAUGAGAUUUAUGUCAAAAUGAUGUCAAUCAUCACUUAUGAUGUGAUGAACAAUAACGCACAUGAAUUUGCACAAAAACCAUGAAAGAUUUGUUUUAAUUUGAAGGAUUUAGAGUUUAAAGAUCUAGGGUUAGGGUUAGGGUUUACAGUUUGGGGUUUAGGGAUAGAACUCAAAAUUGGAGGUCUAGGGCUUAGGGUAAUCUGCUAAUUAGUUGUUAUCAUAUAUUAUAUCAUCAUAUUAUACUAAUUCUACAAAUUAAAAUUCAAAAUCCGACUCCUUAAGACUAGUUUUUGAGUUGGGUACAUUAAACACAGUUAUUUUAGUGAGUGCGUCGAAAUAGUCCACCAUGUAUAUAUGUUGCUGAAUCUUCCCAAGAGGAACCUAUUAUCAUGCAAUUGCUAUCUAUUCUUCUCUUCCUCACAACCUUACAUAUCUAUAUAUAUAGUUAUAUAUUAACCCUUUAUUAUAAUAGGGAUAUAUAGUAGUGACUAAGGGUCGCGGUAGGUUUGUAACCGAAACGAACCGAUUUUAUGGACUUAUCAGUUCCUCCUAACGAGUAAAAAUCCAUAAGUUCUUAAUGGUUCUGAUAAACUUUUAAAGGUUUGUUUUGGUUUUUCAGUUUAUUCCGAACGAUAACGGAUACUGAAUUUUGGUUUUAGACAAUUGACUAAUUCAUGUUCCGAUUUCUAAUGAUUUUUUGGUUCGGUUAAUGGAACCGCCACUCCGAGUAGCGACCCGACCCUUCAACUAUGGAUGAUUACUAUUAUAGUCCCUAGCUAGCUAACUCUGUGAGUUGGAAAAAAUAGAACUAUUAACCAGUCGAUAAGGGUUUUUCCCCCCCUUCUCUUCAAAAGGCAAAGGAUUCCACAUUGACAUCAGGAUAAAUCUGAUGCUACAUAACAGGCAUAUAUAUGUUAUCUAUAUAUGGGAUGUGGAAUCUGGCCUUUAGGUUAUGAUGCUGAUUGAAUCGACAACUACAAGCUCCAUGAACUGCUUCCAUGUCGAUAUCAGUUUGCCAACUUGCAAAUUCCAGGCAGCGCACGAGAGCUAGCCAACCACCAAUUCAAGGAAUUAAGGACCAAAUAAAGAGAAAAAGAACAACACCCUAAACUAAAGCUGUUGAUGCAGAAAUGGAUAGGAAAGAACGAGGCAUUUUUUAGUUAAGAAUUCUACAUUGCCAUUGGAGUCGCGGAUUGUUGACGAUAAGGAUUCUAUAGGUUUCAAGAUAGAUGCCCUUAUAGUAUACAAAGACUAGCUAAUCAGUCGUUCGAACUAACGAAAAUAACGUGCUCGCAUGACUUACGUAAUUUAAAAAAAAAACUAUUUCCUGAACAACAUUAUAUGAUAUAUAUAUAUAUAUAUACAUAAAUGCCGCUUUCACUAUAAAAAAACAAAUUUAUGUAACUCAUUACCACCGAACAAAUCUUUUAGUCUUGCCGAAUUUCAAAAUAUCUUUACCAUUUCACGGAUCACAACAUAAGGCAUAUACACAAACUCUAAUUCUACUUCCCAUAACCACGUAACGUUAUUUUGCGUAACUCAUUACCACUAGACCAAUCCCCACUACCUUUUUCACUCUAUAUAAGCACCACAAAUCCCUCUACACCAUUUCCUCACUCACAAACCAUCACUCUUAAGUCUCGAGUAUUAUAUAAAUAAAUAAUACUACCCUUUUUGGUCACUAAAAACAUAUAUAUUAUAUGGCUUCAUCCAACGGCUCUUCUGCCAACAACAACAACGGCGGCGGCUGGACGCCGUGGCAGAACAAGCUGUUCGAGAACGCCAUCGCCAUAUUCGACAGGGACACUCCCGACAGGUGGCACAACGUCGCCAAGGCCGUCGGCGGCGGGAAAACCGUCGACGACGUCAUGCGCCACUACGAUGACUUGGUGGAGGACGUCCGCCGGAUCGAGUCCGGCCGCGUCCCUCUCCCCAAUUACCGGAAACCGCCACGUCACCCGGGCUCCCCCGCUGGUGCAAGGUCCGCCGUCUCUGAAUCUCCCGUCGCUAAAAGUCAUCGCUUCAGAUAUGACGCACAAAGGCCGGUGGGGUCUGAAGAUUCAGUGAAUUGGACGCCCAAAAUGAAUUAGUGACAAAGAUCAACUUAAGAUGACGGAGACGUCGUUGCAAAAAAAGAUGCUUUGUGGAAUUUAGUUAAGAGGGGAAUUAGUGAUGUUGGAGAAAUGGGAUUAGUUUUUUUUUUUUUUUAAUAUACAGCAGGGAAAUGGAGUUAGUCCAAUACAGAUGUUUUAGCCAUUUGAGGGUUUUUAGGUUCCUAAUUUUUCUUCUUCUUUUGUUAUCCUCCAUCUUUCCCUUCGUUUAUGGAUGUUUAGUCAAUAAAAUUUCCCAUUCAAUUUUCUUUUGAUAGAUAGGAAGUCUAUUACGUUUACAAUUAACGCGUGCUUCGAAUCUAUUAUAUUGAAAUUAUGAUUACUAUCGUGAUGACUGAUUACACUAGAAUAUAGGUGGAUUGGUUCAUGAUAGAAAGGAAAAAGUACAAUUUUUUUAAUGGAUAAGGUCGUCCAACAAAUUAUAGAGCCCCUGUUUCAGGAACAAGAUGUAACCAAUUUUUUUAUUAUAAGAAAAUAAAAUCAGUAAUUCGAUUAACUAAAUAAAACUCAUAACAUUAUUACUCAAAAGUAUUAUUAUGUUUCUAGUAUGAUUUGAAAUAAAUUUAUCUUCCUACAAAAAAUAAUUAUUUUCUUCAAACAAAAUCAAUGAUACAAGGCUAAUUUAUAUUUGUUGGACUUAUUGUUUGAAAUAAAAAAUCACCCAUUUUCAUAUAAGAAAGAUUUGGCUCAGUGGUAGUACUACUAGUAUUGAACCUGGAGGUAAUAGGUUUGAAAACCUUCAGUAGCAUUUAAAUCAUUAAAAAAAUCAAUCUAUAUCACACUUAUCUAAAAAAUUAUCUCUUUUCCAUUCCUUUUUGCGGUCGAUGGGGCGGUCCUCACUUCCUAGUAGACUUUGUAUUUUUUAUGUUUGUAAAUGAUGAUCUUGUGGUGAUUGUAUUUGAUGUCUAGCUAGUUGAUAUAGCUAAUUGGACGACAACGUUUUAUUAUUUUUACUUUUAAGUAUUGAAAUUUGAAUAAUGAAUUCACGAUGUAUUAUGUAUUGUAUAAAAUGUCAUAUGUGAAAGUUGUUAUUGGUUGUGGUUAACCUUCAUACUAACCACAAACUGCGCCAACAAGUAGGGGUGGCAUUUCGGUUAUUUCGGUUAUAACUGAUAACCGAUCAGCCGGUUAUCGGUUAACCGAAAUAACCACUCCCCCUACCAAAAACCGUAUGAAAUAGGCUUCGGUUUCUCGGUUAUCUCGAUUAUCGGUUAACCGACCCACUUUUAAGACCAAAAACCAUUUCGUCUAGCCUCCUAUAACCGACCGAAGUUCGGUUACUUUGGUUACCGGUUAGUGGAUAACCGACCGAUUAUCGGUUUAACCGGCUGGUUAUCGGUUUACCCGGACGGUUAACGGGUAACCGAACGGCCACCCCUACCAACAAUAGACAAUUAACCGAUGAGCGUUACCAAUAAACAUUUUUUUACUUA